AUACUUUAAUUUUAUCGAUUUGUCGAUCCAUCACUUUAUUUCCCCACGAUCCAGAAUUUGAAAAUCUCACUUAUCCUCAAUACUUUGAAAAGUAUUUAAUCACUCCUUCGCCACCUCCAUCCAUGCCAUGUCAUGUUUAUCGUGACGAUUUAUCUAAUUAU